CGGAGGCGCUCCCCGGGCGCGCCUCGCGCGGUCGGCCGGUUGGGGUCCCGCGGGGGCAUGAUGGAGGCGGCCGCGGCGCCCACCAGGGACGCGCGAGGGCGCGCGGCGAGUCAGCCCGGCAGCGGUGGAGAGAAGAACCCACCGGAGAGCAGGAAAGUGUAUAUGGACUAUAACGCAACCACCCCCCUGGAGCCGGAAGUCAUCCAGGUCAUGACCGAGGCCAUGCGGGAAGCCUGGGGAAACCCCAGCAGCCCCUACCCUGCAGGUCAGAAGGCCAAGGACAUUAUUGACACGGCUCGGGACAACCUCGCGAAGAUGAUAGGUGGGAAACCUCAGGACAUAAUCUUCACUUCCGGGGGCACCGAGUCAAACAACUGGGUGAUCCAUUCUGUGGUGCAACACUUCCAGCGCACCCGCACCGCAGAGGGCAUCGGGGCCACGCCCCACCUGGUCACCUGCACCGUGGAACACGACUCCAUCCGCCUGCCCCUGGAGCACCUGGUGAAAGAGCAGGUGGCCGCGGUCACCUUUGUGCCUGUGUCCAAGGUGAACGGGCAGGUGGAGGUUGAGGACAUCCUGGCCGCUGUCCGCCCAGCCACGUGUCUUGUGACUAUCAUGCUGGCCAAUAAUGAGACUGGGGUCAUCAUGCCCAUUGCUGCCAUCAGUCAGCAAAUUAAAGCCCUGAACCAGAAGCGGGCAGCUUCCGGGCUGCCCGUCAUUCUGCUGCACACAGACGCCGCGCAGGCCUUGGGGAAACGGCGCGUGGACGUGGAGGAUCUGGGCGUGGACUUCCUGACCAUCGUGGGGCACAAGUUCUAUGGUCCCAGGAUUGGAGCACUUUACGUCCGUGGACUUGGUGAACUUACCCCUCUGUACCCUAUGCUGUUUGGAGGUGGACAGGAACGGAAUUUCAGGCCAGGGACAGAGAACACCCCGAUGAUUGCCGGCCUUGGGAAGGCUGCCGAGCUGGUGACCAAGAACGGGGAGGCUUAUGAGGCCCACAUGAGAGAGGUUCGCGACUACCUGGAGGAGCGGCUGCUGGCCGAGUUUGAUAAGCAGAGAAUACAUCUGAACAGCCGAUUUCCAGGGACUGAGCGACUUCCCAACACAUGCAACUUUUCCAUCCUGGGACCCCAGCUCCAAGGCCGCUUGGUGCUGGCACAGUGUAGGACGCUGGUGGCCAGUGUGGGGGCCGCCUGCCACUCGGACCAGGUCGAUCGGCCGUCCCCGGUGCUGCUGAGCUGCGGCCUCCCCCUCGACGUGGCCAGGAACGCGCUCCGGCUGAGCGUGGGCCGCAGCACCAGCACGGCCGAGGUGGACCUCGUGGUGCAGGACCUGAAGCAGGCGGUGGCCCGGCUGGAGCGCCUGCCCGACGCCGGGGCCGCCUCGUAGGAAGCCCUCCCGCAGGGUCUGCGGGACAGCUCUCUCCCUGACGCGGGCAGGUCUUCACGGUGUCCACAGUGCCUGACGCGGUGACUGGACGGGGUGUGUGUGUGUGCACGCGCGCGCGUGUAUGUGUGUGUGUG